UUAACAUUGCUUCCAAGUCAUGACCACAAUGCCUGACAUUCAUGUUAAGAGUCGGGCCAAAGAUGUGGUCAAAAUGGCCCCACCACCUGUUCGAUUUUUCUCCCCCAACUCUCCUGUUAUUGACCUGUACAUGGGGCAACUGGAUCAAGUGGAAAGAUAUUGCCACGUAUCUGAAGUCUAUGUUAUUCUGUUUUAUGCUCCUUGGUGUGGAGAAUCCAUUUCUGUCAGAGAAGAAAUUGAUCAGGUCGCAAUGAAGCUUCAGGAUCAGGUGUUGUUCAUUGCUGUAAACUGCUGGUGGCACCAGGGGAAGUGCAGGAAGCAAAUGAAUCUCUUUUAUUAUCCUGUAAUCCAUUUAUAUCAGAGAAGGUUUGGACCUAUCGAAUACAAAGGCCCUCUUACAUCUGCUUACAUUCAUGAUUUCAUUCGACGAGUAAUGAGUCCACUUCAGUACAUCUCAACUCAUUCUAUCUUGCUGGACUUUCUUUCACAUUAUGAG